AAAUGAGCCUCACAUUAGUAUCUUACAAUAUCUCACCCUUUGUACUCAGAGUCACAUCAGCCUUAAACUAUUUGUAGAUUCCCUUUGAACAGAAGGACAUUGAUAUAGCCAACAAGCCUGAAUGGUUCGUCAAAGCCAAUCCUCUAGAAAAGGUCCCUACAUUGUUAGUAGGAAACAAAGUCAUCUAAGAAUCCCUGGUUAUUUUAGAGUACAUCAACUCGCUCACACCCAACUCAUUGCUCCCAAAUGAUCCUCUUGAAAAAGCAAUAAAUCGAGGCAAGGCUGAAUUCUCUAAUGACGUCGUUGGAGUUGUCCUGGGAUUAACCGCAGCUCCCACAGAAGAGGUACUUUAUUAAAUCUAAAGUAGGGCUUCAAUAAUGGAUUGGCAGAUUUGAAAUGGUAUUUUGACAAACUUGAAAAUUGGCUAAAUUAAACCAAAUUCAUAUAUAGUGACGAAUUAACUCUGGCAGAUUUUGCAUACAUUCCAAUCUUUGCAAUCAUCCAGGUUCUAUAGCCACAUUUGAAGGUCAAUCUGUUUGAAGGCUUUCCAAAAGUGUAGUAAUAUGGAACAACUCUGUUGAGUCUUCCCAGAGUGGCUGCAAGCAAACCAGAAGGGUACGAGUAGAUUUUGUUAGAAAGAAUUAAAACAAGAAAACCUUAUUUUUUAUCGGUGUGAUUAAUAUAAAU